CUCUCACAGUGUUUAUAAAGACUGGCCAUCAAACCUCAGUGAUAUGAAUUCUUACAGCCAACAUGUCUGGACAAUGUACUUCAGAUUGCCAUAUGACUUUAUUAGGAUUAGGAUUAACUAAUUGUCCUCACAUGUGUCAGAUGCUGCACCCGCAACACCACUCUAACGCUUUCUCAGCUGCAGCUGAGCGCAGCCACGCCUCCACACUUCUUCCUUACUUCUAACAUUGCUAGGACAUGAGAGACAUGCCUCAACCCACUGGGUUGAGGCAAUGAUACAGCAAGAAAUUGUGGGUUUGGAAAAAUGGCAGAUGUGCAAUCUCAUUUGUGGCAUCCAAAACUCUGAGAGCUCCAGGUGGUGUCAAGUUCAAGAGACAAACUGAACAGGAAUCAGGAAAUAUUUGAACGCUUUGCAACUGGACUGAGAGAGAAAGCAUCCUUGACCUUGGACAAUGAAGAUGCUGUUGUCAUGGAAACUGUUAAUCCUUUUGUCUCUCAAAGAAUAUGUCACUGAGAAUACACGCCAUGGUCCUGUCUUCACCCAGGAGCCCAGUGACAGUGUCUUUCCUCUGAGCAAUGAUGAUAAGCAGGUUUUUAUGAACUGCAAAGCAAAAGGGAACCCACCUCCACAUUACAAGUGGAAAGUUGACAGCAGAGACAUCAACACAGUCUCGGAUCCAAACUACAGUCUCAUAGAGGGGAACCUGUUGAUCAAUAACCCUCACGUCGUCAGCCAUAAAGGCGUUUAUCAGUGCAUCGCAGCCAAUACAUUUGGGACCAUUGUCAGCAGAGAGGCAAAAGUCCAGUUUGCAUUUCUGCAAAACUUUAGCAGGAAGCCCAGAAACAUGGUGUCAGUGAGAGAGGGUCAAGCUGUAGUUCUGCUCUGUGGCCCUCCACCGCAUUACGGAGAAAUGAGAUAUUCAUGGGGUUUCAAUGGACAACGCAACUUCCUGCAACAGGACACGCGGCGCUUUGUCUCUCAGAAGACAGGCAACUUGUACAUAGCCAAGGUGGAGGCCUUGGAUGCGGGAAACUAUACCUGUACUGUAAGGAACAUGAUGACCAACGUGACGGUUUUCAGCCCCCCCACACCUGUGGUGGUGCGGAGGGACGUGGUGAUGGGUGAAUACGAACCAAAGAUUGAGGUGCAGUUUCCAAACAUCUUACAAGUCUCCAAAGGAUCGUCUGUGAAGCUGGAAUGUUUCGCCUUGGGAAACCCCGUGCCUGACAUCUCAUGGAAAAGAGCAGAUGGAAAUCCACUGCCUGGCAAGAUUAAGAUCAAUCACUCCAACAGGGUUCUGGAGAUUCCAUAUUUCCGGCCAGAGGAUGCUGGUGUUUAUGAGUGUGUGGCUGAAAACAGUCGAGGACGAAAUAUCGCCAGAGGGCAACUUAUUUUCCACAAUGUGGAACAUUUGCAGUGGGUACAGACACUGAGAGACUCUCACAUGGCGAUAAAUGCCAACCUGCAGUGGGAGUGUAAAGCCAGCGGUAAACCUGAGCCUACUUACAGAUGGCUAAAAAAUGGUCGGCGACUAUCAGCAGAGGUCGGGCGUUCUCUUCUGACUAUGAAUAUCAUGCAAUUAAGACUGCUUAAAAAAAAACCAAAACAUUCUGCUUUAACUCUGUCUGUACAGGGUCGGAUCCAUGUGGAAGAUGGUCGACUGACUAUAUCCAGCAUAAGCCAGUCAGACUCAGGGAUGUAUCAGUGUGUGUCGGAGAAUGAACAUGGAGCUUUGUAUGCCAGUGCUGAGCUGAAGGUUGUGGCCUCCCCACCUGACUUCACGCAGCGCCCAGUAAGGAAGUCCACAGUCAUCCAGAAGGGGGGCGAGGUUGUUUUAGAGUGUCGCCCCCAUGCGUCCCCCCGGGCUACAACAUCCUGGUGGAAAGGAGGUGAACAGCUGAAGGACAGCAAGAGACAGACUAUAAUGGAGGACGGAACUCUCCGAAUCACCAACAUCUCAAGGUCUGACGGGGGCAUGUACACGUGUGUGGCCAGCAACCAUUUUGGAACAUCUAGCAGCACAGGGACGCUGCUGGUGAAAGAACCAACCAAGAUCGUAGUUCCGCCGCUAAGCUUAGAUGCAAGUGUUGGACAGAGCCUCGUGUUGCCAUGCGAGGUGUCCAGUGAUCCGAGCCUGACCCCCACCUUCAAGUGGUUUUUCAACGGGAAAGCCAUUGAUUUUAGCAGACAGGAGAACUUUGAAAUGAUUGGAGGGGGAUUCACAGGUGACCUGAUGGUGAAGAACACACAGCUGAAGCAUUCUGGGAAGUAUGUGUGUAUGGUGAAGACUGAGGUGGACACAGUAUCAGCAGCUGCUGACUUAAUAGUCAGAGGACCACCUGGUGCCCCUGAGGGCCUGGUGGUGAGUGACAUUACAGAUACCACGGUGACACUGUCCUGGGGCUCUGGGCCUGACAACCACAGUCCUGUAACAAUGUACAUUCUGCAGGCCCGGACGCCCUUUUCCUUCGGCUGGCAGACCGUGAGGACAGUUCCUGAUUCAGUGCCUGGACAGAUGACCCAAGCCAAAGUGAAAGAUUUAAAUGCCUGGGUGGAUUAUCAAUUCCGGGUGGUGGCAAUUAACAGUGUUGGUGUUGGAGAACCCAGCAUGGCGUCUCAACAGAUACGAACCAAAGCAGCAGCUCCUAAGGUUGCACCUGCUAAUGUGAGCGGUGGUGGAGGAGCUCGCGGAGAACUCGUCAUCACUUGGGAGCCUGUUCCAGAGGAACAACAGAGUGGAGAGGACUUUGGUUACAUUGUGGCUUUCCGUCUGCUUGGCAGCCUCACCUGGAUGAAAACUGCACUGGCAUCAGCUGAUACAUCCAGAUACGUUUACAAAAACCACAGCGUCCAACCGCUGUCUCUGUUUGAAGUUAAGGUGGGAACCUUCAACAGCCUGGAGGAGGGUCCAUACAGCCCAGUUGUGAGGAUUUUUUCUGCAGAGGAAGAGCCCACUGAGGCGCCAUCAGGAGUGUUUGGUCAGGCUUUAUCAGCAUCCCAGAUAGAGGUGCACUGGGAACCAGUUCUUCCAAGGUCCAGCACGGAGAAGAUCAUAGCAUAUGAGGUUCUGUUUUGGGGAGAGGGAUCUCCACAGAGUGAGGCCGAGAGAGUGAAGGUUCCCAACACCACAGCUCUGCUGUCGGGUUUAAGAGGAAGCACAGUCUACAGGAUCUCAGUCAGAGCCUACAACAGCGCCGGACAUGGACCAGGCAGCACCGCGAUAGACGUCAGCACCAAGAAACCACCUCCGAGUCAGCCACCAGAGAAUAUCGAAUGGAACCUGACGAACUCAAAGAUCCUUCUAAAGUGGGAACAUGUCAAGGCGUUGGAAAAUGAGUCGGAGGUGACAGGAUACAAGAUUGUGUGCCGCCAGACCUGGAAAGGCACAACUACAGAACUGGAAACCAGUAAGGCCAGCGUGGAGCUUCAAGUCCCCUCAGAAGGCUAUCUUAUUGAAAUCAAAGCUCUGUCCAGGGGAGGAGACGGCACCAGCAGCGGUCCCAUCCACAUACCAAAGAUGGACAGUCUUAACUCCAGUGGUCGCCUGAGUCUCUUCUUCGUGAAGAUCUGCUGCUGUGCUACGUUGUUCUUCUCUGUUGGUUUUGCAGCUCUUUAAGGCUUUUUAUUCUGAUAUGGAUGUUGAAGUGAAUAUGGAUUAUUAUUCCUCGAUCUCUUCUCUUCCCUCAGACCUCAGGUUUGAGUUGCACAGUCUAACUGAAUCAUGGUAACCGUCCUGACAGACUGUCACUAACCCAUGAUGGCAACACAUUUCCAUCUGCCUGUGUUCAGGAUCUCUGACAUCCUGUGUGUAAAUGUUUUCGUUUGGUGUCAGAAUGGCGUACUGUUACUAUACAAAUGUAUGUUCUAUUAUAUGAUGUAGUUUAAUUUUAAGGAUAUCAUUUUUUUGUUUGUUUGUUUGUUUUUCCUGUAUGCAAAAAUUACAAUUUAUAACUCUACAUUCACUGCAAAUUUAAUCUAGUUUUUAAUUAUAAUUAUUAUUAGUAUUCCCACAGUAACGCUAAAAUGAUCUCAAAUAAAACUUGAACUUGAAAGAUUUUAUUUUAAUCAUGAACCCUCCGUCUUCAGCUACAAUCGCAAUUUAUUGCUCUGCUAAUGUG